AUGGGUGUCGUUGCAGUCAAGAAACAGCACGAGAAGGGAUCCACCGUUCCUACCAAGGCGGAGGAGAAGGAGCUCCACAACAUCAAUGUGGAGGAGUUUUCUUUCGAUAGCGAGUCGCAGGCCGAUUCUCUCGUUUCCAAUCCUUUCAAAGACCCCGUUGUUGCAAAGUUCUACGGUGACUUGUACGAAAGAGUCGAGUACGAAUGCCGUCUGGCUUUCGAUCCAGAGAUGGAGUGGGCCGAGGAGGAGGAGAAGAAGAUCGUCAGAAAGUUGGACUGGCGUGUCGCUCUCAGUGCAUGCAUCAUGUUCGUUGGUUUGCAAAUCGAUAGAGGCAAUUUGGCCCAGGCUGUGGUGGACGACUUGUUGCCUGAAUUGGGCAUGAACACAAACGACUACAACACGGGUAACACGAUUUUCCUUGUGGCCUUUUUGUUGGCGGAAUUGCCCUCGCAGUUGAUUUCCAAGAAGCUCGGUCCAGAUAUCUUCAUUCCCAUCCAGAUGAUCUCGUGGUCCAUUGUGGCAGCCUGCCAGGGUGCCAUGACCAACAAAGCCGGGUUUUACGUUUGCAGAGCGCUUAUUGGUGUUUUGGAGGGCGGUUUCAUCGCCGACUUGGUCUUGUGGCUUUCGUACUUCUACACAUCCAAGGAGUUGCCGCUUCGGUUGUCGAUGUUCUGGACGUCGCUUUCGCUUACCCAGAUUUUCACCUCCCUCUUGGCCUUUGCCAUUUUGAGAAUGAGAGGCGUCCACGGCUUGUCCGGGUGGAGAUGGCUUUUCAUCAUCGAGGGCAUUUUCACCUUUUGCAUCGGCCUUCUGGCCUUCUACCUUAUGGUUCCCUCGGCCGUUCAGACCAAAAACAAGCUCCAUCCGAAAGGCUGGUUCACCGAAAGAGAGGAGAAGAUUGUCGUCAACAGAGUCCUCAGAGACGACCCUUCCAAGGGUGACAUGCACAACAGACAGGGCUUGUCGAUUAAGAUGAUCGCCAAGGCCGCCUGGGACUACGACUUGUGGCCCAUCUACGCCAUUGGCUUUUUGGCCUACAUUCCUCAGAGCACCAUCCAGCCGUACAUGACGUUGGCGAUGAACUCGCUUGGAUUCGACCGUUUGAUCGCGGUGAUCCACAUUAUUUUCUUGAUUGCAUUGACGUGGUUUUCCGAGUAUGUCAACGAGCGUUCGCUUGUCUCGUUGGCCUUGCCGAUUUUGACGGUUCCGUUCAUGGCUGCCAUCAGAUGGUGGCCUGGAAGCAUGAAGAACGCCUGGGUCACCUGGUUUUUGGUCACCAUGGUGUUGGCUGCUCCGUACAUCCACGCUAUUUGUGUGGCGUGGGUUUCCAGAAACUCCAACUCCAUUCGGUCCCGUUCCGUGUGUUCAGCAUUGUACAACAUGACCGUGCAAAUCGGCAACAUCGGUGCUUACAAUAUCUACAGAGAAGACGACAAGCCUUUGUACCGCCGAGGCAACACGCAGCUUUUCAUUAUUGCGUGUAUGUACUAUAUCUGGAGAAACAAGCAGAGAGACCAGAUAUGGAACGCCAUGAGUGCCGAGGAGCAGGAGGAGUAUGUUAGAACGACGACAGACGAGGGCAACAAGCGUCUUGACUUUCGGUUUGACCAUUAG